AUGGCUACUGUUAAUGGACAUUCAGCAGCCAAAUACAAUUCUUUGAUGGAGGGUGGUGAUAUCGAUCGAGAUCAAAUUGUUGAUGGUCAUCUUCUAGCAGAUGAAUAUUUUUGUCCAAUUUGUCGCUGUCUUCUAUGGAAUCCACGUUCAUGUGCGUCGUGUCAACAUUUAUUUUGUCAAAAAUGUAUUCAGACUUGGCUAGAAUAUUCAAAAAACGACAAAACAUGUCCAUUUCGUUGUCAAUCAUACGACGAACGACGUUGUCCACCGUCGUUUCAUUCGUUAUUAUCACGUGUAAAAAUUCACUGUCGAAAUGCUCCAUUUGGCUGUUCUGAAGUUUUAGCUUAUGAUUCAUUAGAACGACAUGAAAAUGUUGAAUGUAAAUAUUUGACUCGAACAUGUCCUGAAUGCAUGAAAUUGAUACUUGUAUCAGAAUUUAUUGAACAUAUUCAGAAAAAACCGAGUUUAGAAAUCAUUUUAAUGAAUGCUAUAUGA